CUACGACUCCCGCCAGGCGCCGCGGCGCAGCGCAUGAGCCCUGCUCGGCUCCGGCGCGUCUAUUAUGCUGCCGGGGCCGGCGAGCCAAAGAGGAGCCGGCCGUGCGGGCCGGGAGGGGACGGCCGCCGGAGCCGCCGAGGCCAAGUGCUGCCUGGUUGGGCCCAGACAUGGGAUGUCGCGCCUCGGCGGGGAGCACAGAGGAAGCCAGGGCCUCCCCGAGCCGCUGCCGUGACGGCCAGUGAGCGAGCAGCCGGAGGAUGUCCACCGCGACGCCGGUCGCCCCCACGGGGAUCCCGGCGGCCCCGGGCCCAGUGAACCCGCCCCCGCCGGAGGUCUCCAACCCCGCCAAGCCCGGCCGCAAGACCAACCAGCUGCAGUAUAUGCAGAACGUGGUGGUAAAGACGCUCUGGAAACACCAGUUCGCCUGGCCCUUCUACCAGCCCGUGGACGCCAUCAAGCUGAACCUGCCUGAUUAUCAUAAGAUAAUAAAAAACCCCAUGGACAUGGGAACCAUUAAGAAGAGACUAGAAAAUAACUAUUAUUGGAGCGCGAGUGAAUGUAUGCAGGACUUCAACACCAUGUUUACAAAUUGUUACAUUUAUAACAAGCCCACAGAUGACAUAGUGCUCAUGGCCCAAGCCUUAGAGAAAAUUUUUCUGCAGAAGGUGGCUCAGAUGCCCCAGGAGGAAGUUGAAUUACUGCCCCCUGCUCCAAAGGGCAAAGGCCGGAAACCAGCUUCGGGAACACAGAGUGCAGGCUCACAGCAAGUGGCGGCCGUGUCCUCCGUGUGCCCUGCGACCCCCUUCCAGAGCGUCCCCCCCACGGUCUCCCAGACGCCCGUCAUUGCCGCUACCCCCGUGCCAACCAUCACCGCAAACGUCACGUCAGUCCCUGUUCCCCCGGCCGCCGCCCCACCUCCCCCCGCCACGCCCAUCAUCCCUGUGGUCCCUCCCACACCGCCCGUCGUCAAGAAGAAGGGCGUGAAGCGGAAAGCGGACACCACCACGCCCACGACGUCGGCCAUCACCGCCAGCCGCAGCGAGUCGCCCCCGCCGCUCUCGGACCCCAAGCAGGCCAAGGUGGUGGCGCGGCGGGAGAGCGGGGGCCGCCCCAUCAAGCCGCCCAAGAAGGACCUGGAGGAUGGCGAGGUGCCCCAGCACGCGGGCAAGAAGGGCCGGCUGUCCGAGCACCUGCGGCACUGCGACAGCAUCCUCAAGGAGAUGCUCUCCAAGAAGCACGCGGCCUACGCCUGGCCCUUCUACAAGCCGGUGGAUGCUGAGGCCCUGGAGCUGCACGACUACCAUGACAUCAUCAAGCACCCCAUGGACCUGAGCACGGUCAAGAAGAAGAUGGACAGCCGCGAGUACCCAGACGCGCAGGGCUUCGCCGCCGACAUCCGGUUGAUGUUCUCCAACUGUUACAAAUACAACCCCCCGGACCACGAGGUGGUGGCCAUGGCCAGGAAGCUGCAGGACGUGUUUGAGAUGCGUUUCGCCAAGAUGCCGGACGAGCCGGCGGAGGCACCCGCCCUGCCCGCGCCUGCGGCCCCCGUGGUCAGCAAGGGCGUGGAGAGCAGCCGCAGCAGUGACGAGAGCUCGUCGGACUCGGGCAGCUCGGACUCAGAGGAGGAGCGCGCCACGCGGCUGGCGGAGCUGCAGGAGCAGCUGAAGGCCGUGCACGAGCAGCUGGCCGCCCUGUCUCAGGCGCCUGUGAACAAGCCAAAGAGGAAGAAGGAGAAGAAGGAGAAAAAGAAGAAGGACAAGGACAAGGACAAGGAGCGGCACAAGGCCAAGGCCGAGGACGAGAAGCGGGCCAAGGCCGCCCCGCCUGCCAAGCAGGCCCCGCAGAAGAAGGCGCCCGCCAAGAAGGCCAACAGCACCACUGUGGCUGGCAGACAGCCGAAGAAGGGCGGCAAGCAGGCGUCGGCCUCCUACGACUCGGAGGAGGAGGAGGAGGGGCUGCCCAUGAGCUACGAUGAGAAGCGGCAGCUGAGCCUGGACAUCAACCGGCUGCCGGGGGAGAAGCUGGGCCGCGUGGUGCACAUCAUCCAGUCGCGGGAGCCCUCGCUGCGGGACUCCAACCCCGACGAGAUCGAGAUCGACUUCGAGACCCUGAAGCCCACCACGCUGCGGGAGCUGGAGAGAUACGUCAAGUCUUGUUUACAGAAAAAGCAAAGGAAGCCAUUCUCCACGAGCGGGAAGAAGCAGGCGGCCAAGUCGAAGGAGGAGCUGGCUCAGGAGAAGAAGAAGGAGCUAGAGAGGCGGCUGCAGGAUGUCAGCGGGCAGCUGAGCAACAGCAAAAAGCCGGCCAAGAGAGAGAAGUCGGGCUCCGCCGCGUCCGGGGGGCCCUCGCGGCUCAGCAGCAGCAGCUCCUCCGAGUCCGGCAGCAGCAGCACCAGCGGAUCCAGCUCGGACAGCAGCGACUCCGAGUGAGCCCGGGACUCGCGCGGCUCAGGACGCAGCCGGUGGCCGCCCCACCGGGACAUCGCGGUGUUCCCUCUGGUGGUUAAUAUACUCCUUUCGUUCCAUGGUGUGCAGGUUCUCUUUUCACUUCAGUGUUAUGGUAUCUUCCAGUUCUGGCUUUAAUAGGUCAACCGAGAUCUUUCUGUGUGUGUCCAUUAGACUUUGAGAAGCUGUGAAUUGGCAUAAGGUCUUUCCUCCAUAACUGAACUCAAGUCCCUUGGAGAUGCCGGCUUCAGACGCUAACCUGAUAACCGUAGGAAAACGUGUGAGGUGUGGUCUGAAGGUGCUUGCAGAACCCCUUUCCUUAAGCCCGACCUGGUCUGUAGCCCCAGCGAGAAUGUCUCCCGAGGAAAUGUCUCGGACGUGGUACCGCACGGAAAGGCUGUUGGCUUUGCCGACAGGGUUUAUCUCCGUCUCUGGGGGCCCUGGGCCCUGACCCUUACGUCGAGGGCAGCUCUUUCUGCAGGGGCUGCGGACAGCCAGGCCCGCCCCUGCCGUUAGUGAGGGCCAGGGCUGGGCCCCCGCCAGGAGGGGUCCCUGCGGCUCCCAGCCCGAGUUUCUGCGGGCGGGGAGCCGGCGAGGGGGCGUGCAGAGGAGCCCCGUCUUUCUGAUCUCCCGUGAUGUUGGGAGCUCCCAGGAGGAACACAGGAGCUGCGUGGGCAGCACGAGGGUUCCCAAACACUGAAACUUUUACCUCAACUUUGAAAAAAAAAAAGAGAAAAGAUUUAAAAAAAAAAAAAAAGACUCUUUUUGUAAAAAAGGUUCAGCAAUUUUCUACGAAAGGCCAGCCCCACGUGUGUCCCCAGCCCAGCAGCUGCCACGCACUCCGGAACCAUCGUCCCAGUCUCGUGUAUAUAUGAAUAUUUUAUUUAUUAACAUCAUUGGUCAUUUUUUUUUUUUAAGGAAAGAAAAACAAAACCGCAAAAGAAAUGCAUUAAAAAAAAAAAAAAAGAAACAAAGGAGCAGAGAUGCAGGCCUUUUCCGUGGCGUGAGGGGAGCCCAGACCCCGCGGGGCGCGGGCCGCUCGCCCCAGGUGCUACCGCCUCCUGCCCCCGCGCGGUGCUCAACCUCGUCCGCGUGCUCGUCUCGGGGCUGCGGGGUUUCCGUUCUCGUUCUUUCUCGUGUGUGUGUGCGUGUGUGUGCGUGUGCGUGCGUGCGUGUGAAAUCUGGAGACUCACAGGUCAUAGACGACUUCCGGCUGCAGCACAUUCUCAUUUUUUUUUUUUUUUUUAAAUUUCAUUUAGUUCUUUUAUAUUCACUUCUGGUCUCUCUUAGGACUGUUUUAAAAAGGACUUCAAUUUAGGGAACCCCAGUUAUAUAAUAUAAACUUUGUAAUCUGCGAGAAAAAGAAAUGUAUAGUAAAUCUAAAUCUUGAUUUUUAACUUUCUAUUGUAAAAAAAAAAAAAAGUAAUAAUAAUAUACAGAGUUUAACAGAAGGUUACGUUUCGGUUUUGUUUUCUCCAGAGGCUGCCGCAGGGCCCUGAGCGCGGGGUGCCCACCCACACCGCCUGCCUAGCUCUGAGCCGCGUGGCUCUGGCCAGGGGUUCACGGCCCCCAGUGGGGCAUCCCUCACCCCACCUCCAGGGAGGGGGCGGCCCCCGCUGCCCCACGUGUCUCCCGGCCUCCAGCCCGCAACGGCCUGGCCCAGCUCCCGCUGGCCUGGUCUCUCUCCAGGCUGGAGGAGCCUCUGGCCCCAGGCGGGCUCCCUCCCUCCAGACUGCACGGGGGAGCCUCUCAGUUAGCACAGAAAUGACGGGACCUCACGGAGGGGGGGCUGGGGGGGGCUGGGGGCGGCCCCGCCGCUUGUCCAGGGUCAAGUUCUUCCUGACAGCCCUUCUGGGUGGAUCAGGGCACUAGCUGUUGGCGUCCUAACAGGUGGUGGUUCUAAAAACGCCUAACAUCCGCUUGGAUGCCACCAACCUUGACAGCUAAGGAGCGCUCUGAUGGGGUAGGACCCUGAUGAAACGUGGACGGGGGGUUGCCGUUUUUCUGACUGCCGCUGAUUCUGACCUGUGGUGAGUGUUGAGCCAGUUCGUUCAACUUUUCAUUGUAAUAAAAAUAUAAAUGGAUUUUAAACUUGCCAUUUUUUUUAAAGCUGCCCUGUUUUUCAAAGGUGUUUUCUAAACAGAUCUUUAGUGGAGUAAAAACUAUGACUUUAAGGACUUGGUACACCCUGGAAGGUCUUGAAGAAGGAUCUCAGGGGCGACAGGCAGCGGACACGUGUCUGGGUGACAAACAGAUCCAAGCCAAGGGGCCUGGAGGUGCUGGGAACUCCCCGGGGGCGCCCCUCCAGCUGUCAGUGGGGAGGGUCGCCUUUGCUAGCCGCUCGGCGGGGGACAGGGGGCCCCAGUGCUGGGCGCAGCAGGAGUGGUUCCUGUCCACUGGUUUCGGGGUGCGGGAGGGGUUCUCAGCCACCUCUGCUCCUUUCCGCUGAAAGAUCUGCUGGCUUUGAUGCUGCUGGAGAACUGAGCGAUUGUAGGUCAUUGGUUUUUUUUUUAAGGUUUUCUGUCCAGACUCAAAACUGAUUUCAGAGUUUUGGGGGGACUCCCUCCACCCCCUGACGUCAGCCUAUGGGUGUUUGCUGUUUCCAUUUCUCUUGUGUUGGGCAAGUGGAGUUGUUCUAGUUUUCCUAGAACUAGAGGGUUAGGAACUGUGUUCAGCAGGUCGCACCCGUGCAGGACUCGAUAUUGUGGCUUUCAAACAUUUCCCCCAACCCCUGGGGGCCGAGAGGGUGGCUUCGGCUGUGAACUGAAUUCCAGAAACCCUUGCUCACUCAUCUUGCUUACAGACUGUUAAGAUGCGUUUUCUUUUUUGUUUGUUUUUUGUUUUUGUUCUUUUGCAACAUUCACAUCUUUUACAGUUUGGGGGGGAGGGGAACACCGCCCACAAUAAAGGAUUCGUUACAUUUGGUGUAGCGCUGUUCCCUGAUACUGGCAUAACACUUCCAGGAAGUUUUCCUUUUUUUAUAUUUAAAAUGUUACUUUUCUGUAUGAUGUGCAUGCAAGUUUACCGUAACUUUUCUUAAAUUUUUAGUGCCGUUUCUAGUAUAUUCCUGUAAAUGUCAGUUACUGAAAAUGAGUCCGAUGUAAGUAGUUUUAGCUUGUUUACUGCAGUGCUGGCCUCAUCACGACAGAAUAAAAGUGGUAGAAAGUA